AUGGCCGCCGCGAUCCUCCUCCCCGGCGAGCAAAUACCAUCUGACGAAUUACCCCGAUCCAAGAAAGGAACGCUCACCCUUGGGCCCGGUCUCCGCCAUAUCCCACCGUCGGACAUUCUCUGCACCACCGCAGGAAGCCUCCACGUCGACCGCAAGAAAUCCGCCCUCUGGCUGGAGCACGAGAAUGGCCGCUACCUCCCUUCCGUCGGCGAUCUCGUCAUCGCUCAGGUCCACCACUCCUCCACGGAAACCUUCAGCUGCGCCCUAACGCCUCACACCAGCUUUGCCCUCCUUGGCCAGUUGAGUUUCGAAGGCGCAAACAAGAAGAAUCGUCCACAGCUCCGACCUGGAGACUUGGUCUACGCCCGUGUGGCCAAGACUGACAAAUUCGAGGACGUGGAGAUUGAAUGCGUGAACUCGCAGACGGGAAAGGCCGAGGGCAUGGGCCCAUUGAAUGGCGGUAUGCUGUUCGAGGUUUCGCCGCUUUUCGCGAGGAGGUUGAUGAUGGGUACGACGAAGGAUGGCAAAAGUAAGGGUGGAGUUGUGGUUCUGGACGAAGUUGGAGACAAGAUGCGGUUUGAGGUUGCGGUGGGGAGGAACGGGCGUGUUUGGAUUGACAGUGGGAGUGUGAAGGAGACGGUUUGGAUUGGAAGACUGUUGAGGGAGGCUGAUGAGAAAGGCUUGGGAGUUGAGGAGCAGAGAAAGUUGGUCAAGAAGGCUUUGAAGGAUGGUUGA